AUGUUGCUUAGUUCCUCUCCAACAAGCAUGCGUUCCUCUGCUCUCAUAAGCCUUCCUGGCAACAAUCUCAUCAGCAUUCCUGGCAGCAAUCUCAUCAUCUUCCUGGCAGCAAUCUCAUCAGCAUUCCUGGCAGCAAUCUCUGGUUACUGAGGGACGCUUUCACACCUGGAUGUCAUCAGAUUCUCAGCUCACACGGCCCCUUAUUCACCAUGCUCCAAAACAUAGCUUCUCUCUCUCUUUUCUGUUCUCUCCAACUCUGUGUGCAAAACCCCACCUCUGCAUGAAUAUACAGAUAUCUAUGCAGUCUGA